UCUCCCCAAGGGAGCACUCCGAAGGGGCGGGGCCAGCAGGUGAAGGGGGCGGGGCUGAGCAGACCUCGGUCUCUCUUGCAGUCGACAGGUGCUUCUUGGCGCCUGCGCAGUGAGUGUCUCCCGCUGACAGGAGGCCGGGGCUGCGCUCCGCGUGGAAUAGCGGAAGAAGCCGCUCGCUCGCUGGCCCCCUCCUUUCAGGUAUGGGAGGCCCCGUGCGCGAUGUGAGAGUUCAACGCAAGAGAGACAGGCGCUGGUAGUGGUUGCCAUGGCAGCCUCCACAAGGACAAAAUUGGGAACCAAGGUGGCAACUGAAGCCAUGAAUACAAACACUCAGUGGGAUGUGAACAAAGCACUAACUCUUGCUAGCCUCUUCCAUUUCCUUUACGGCGCAGGAAAUGCCUGCACAAUCCCAUUUUUAACUCUGUACUUUCGGCAGCUUGGGUUGACUGCACCAUUAGUAGGCAUUAUAAUAGGAUUAAAGCACUUAGUCACUUCCCUUUGGGCCCCACUAUGCUCCUAUUUAGCAAAAACUCACAAUAAAAGGAAAGUUCUCAUCAGCGGAUCGCUACUGUGCUCAAUUGGAGCAAGUUUGCUUCUUACUGUUGUCCCACCACUGAGCAAGGACAUUGUCUAUAAGUAUUGUAACGUGAGCCAGCAUCCACAUCAAUUACUGAUGGCAAACCAGAUGCCUGAUGUAAGUGUGAACAAUCCAAGUACAAUGGGUAUCAGUCCUGCAUCUGAUGACAAAACAUUGUCUAGUACUGAAUCACUUGGAAUGAUCUCUAAGGACUUGGUUACUACUGGUAAGCCAAUGUAUGUAACAUUCAAAAUUUCUUCCACUAUUAAUAUCCCUUCUGUGAUAAACGGUGUCAAUGAUGGUGGUACAGGUAUACAGCAAGUUACUGAUGUUCCCCCUGGUGUGACAUCUGAUGCUUCUGGGAAAGAAGUUUCUCCAAAAGGACAAAUGUUACAGACAGCUUUUGUGAAUCGGUCUGUGAAGCCAACAAGUAGCCCAACUACUGAUAUUAUGAAUAUCAAAGAAAAAUUUGAGGAAAAUGGCUCUUCAGAAAGAAAUACUAACUUCACAUUUUAUACAGCCCCAGUACCUCUUACAGAGACAGUUUAUGUAUUCAGAAACCUGUCAGGACGCUGGGAAAGAGCACAGGAUGUGAGCUCUCAGUUACUACAAGGUACUGACUUCUUGGACAGUGAGCACCAGGUCUUUCUUAUGGUACUAGGUGCUGUUGUACUUUGGGAGCUCCUGGCUGCACCUCUCGGAUGGAUGGUUGAGGACAGCCUCUAUGAGUACCUUGACUUUGUUGAUGCUGCAGAAAAAUAUGGGAAUCUUUGGAUUUGGAGUUACUUAGGAGCGUCUGUGGGAGUCUGCAGUGUAGCAAUAUUUGUAGAUCAGCUCAGCUGCUUCUUGAGCAGUAAUAUCCCACGUUUUGCAGUGCAUUUUUAUGGCUAUGCCAUGUUGCUAACUUUAACAUUAAUUGUCAGUGUCUUUUUUCCCAUUCAUGUGUCCAGAAAAAAUGAGCAUGUAAAUAAAACAGUCAAAGCUUUAAACCUGAUUGGGAGCGAUGGCCGAACCAUCCUGUCUGCAGUUACAGUCUUCCUCACAGGGGCCAUUGGGUCAACUGUGCAGAAUUUUCUUUUCUGGCAAAUGCAAGACCAAGGCAGCAAUGAAUUAUACAUGGGCCUCUCAGUGGCCAUUGGACUGAUUGCCGAAAUCCUGCUCUACAUCUUCAAAAGCAAGUUGCUAAAGGCUCUCUCGGGUGGUGGCACAGUUGCCUUGAGCUUAAGCUGCCUUGCAGCUCAGCUGCUCUACUAUUCCUUCCUGUGGAACACCUGGGCAGUGCUACCAAUCCAGAUCUUUUGUGCCUUCAGCAACGGUGCCUUGUGGUGGGCUGUGAACAUGCUGGCAGAUGACAUUGCCACUCCUGGCACAGAGAGGUCUCUGCAUCUUGUCCUACAGGGUCUCUCCUGUGGCUGUGGAGCCAGUCUGGGCAGCUUUGCAGGGGGCUUUGUUGUGAAGAGCUUUGGCCUAGCAGUGCUCUACAGGGCAUGUUCCAUUACUUUAAUACUCUGGUUAAUCUUGUUCUUGAUUGUCCAAUCCAAGUUGCCACGCCAGAAACGAAUUAAUUAUUCCCGUCUCCUAGCUGCAGAUUCUAGUGAUAUGAGUGACUCUGAUGAUGAUAAGGAAAGGGACUGGCUGGUGAAAGCUAUGAAAGAUGAGAACUUCAGUAGGAAUUGGUAAAAAUCUUGCAUUUCAUUGUCUGUUAGCCAAAAAACAGAUUUUGGAGAAAUAGGAUGACUUUAUUAGAAAUGAUGCACAUGGAAUUUAUGAGGAGCUGUUCUACUUGCAAUGGGAUUUUAUGGUGUACAUAUUUGUAAAGAAAGCAAUUAUAAAGAUUUUAUAAAGAUUUUAUUUUCUUAAGGUUAAUUUAUUGCAAAUACUUGUAGCAUUUUUUGUUUUCCUAAAAUUUAAGUUUUUGAGAUCCAAGUAAAGGGGACUUUGAAUAGUUUCUGCUGAAGUUAAUACAGUUUUUCAUCUCUGAGAGUAACAAGAAUUUAUUAUCUUUAGAGCCACAGCUGGCCAUAUUAGAGUUGCAAUUCAUAGUAAUUUCAUAUUUUUUAAAAAAAGAAUUCCUAGACAUUAACCUGGUGCUUCUGUAUAUUUCACCCUCGCUUGGGCAGGAACUGCUGAAGAAAGGAAUAUUCUGCAUGGUUUUUUUUACCGAUCCAACCUUUUUAUGAAUACUUGAGCACUUUCAAAAAUUGGGCUUGGAUUCUGGAGUAAAAUUGUUUAAAAUCUAUGUAAAUUUUAUUGCUGGCAAAGCACACAGUUUCCUGUAGUCAGUUUUUUAAAAAAAAUCUAUACUACAUCUCUGAUCUCCUGUCCAGGAGCUUUCAUACACCAAAAUCAUUUUUUUAACUUCCCAUUUCUGUAAUCUGAGUACUACAUGUACAGUGACCUAGAAUGCACAUGCAGUUGAUAAAUGAUUCUCACUUACUUUCCUAUACUGUAUUAAUGGCAUGUAUGAAAAUACACUCCUGAGUUUUAUAAAUUGGCUUCAGGCCUCUUAUAUUUAGUGAAGGCACAAUAGAUGGGGAAGCAAUGUUUCUAGGAUAUAUGGCUUUGCUUCACUUAGGUGGUGUAUAUUGGGAAUCUUUUGUAAGUAUGCAUAGGGCUUUGCUUAAACACUUGGCCAUAACUUGGCUUGACUUUUAUCAACCAAGGGGACUAGUUAACCAACAGAGGACUACAAAUCCCACAAAAAGGCUGUUUGCCUUAGAAAAUGUACUCUUAACGAUAUGUGUGUAUGUGUUCAAGAAAGACUAUAUUUUUAUUUCAUAGGGUAAUUGUGAUGCAGAAGGACAUUAGAAGUAUGGGAAGUUGGAAGGUGACUGUCAAAUCUCACACCAUAGAGAAAUCAUUCACCUUUUACUUGCAUUUGUUACAAAUUUUGUAACUACAAGCAAAUAGCCUCUCUUAUUUGUCCAGUGCAAACUGUGCUGCUGCUAACAAGUUGUGUUUCAACUGGAGGAAGCAUGGUCUUACUGCUCUACAGUUACAGCAAGAUAAAAAUAUGUGUAUAGAUCCUAGAAUGGAAGAUGAAUGAGUAGGUUUUUAAGAGUACUCUUCCUAGGAAGUGGGCAUUACUUGCACAAUAAAUGCAUGACCAAACUAGGUGUGAUAUGGGAGUUCUGUAAUUGGAACUCUUUUUCAAAAAUCAGCCAUGGGAGAGGGAACUAUUUGGAUCAGGGCUGCAAUUGUAAGGAGUAUCUAACUCAGUUGUGCCACUCUGAUUUUAGAAUGACCUCCUCUCUGAGGCACAUCUAGCACCAUCUCAUGUUUUGGUACCAGAUUAAGUACCAAAUGUUGUCUUGGGCAUUUAUGAAUUGUUAAAGUUCAGCUUAGUACUGGAGUAGGUAGCUGAUCUAUAGAUUUUAAUGACUGUUAUGUCAUUUAUUUUUACCAGUUAUUUUUUAUGAAUUCUUGUUUUAAAAAGAAUUUUGUUGUACCCCACCUUGAGAUUGAUAUAAAUAGGUUUUCCCAUGCCACAGCCCUGAUCCAGCUUAUCCUCUCCAAAGCUGUUAACUAGCUCCAGAAGGUCUAUGUACAGCCACAGUCUUUAUGCCAUAUAUUCCCCUUCCACAACUAGUACUGUAGCAGCUUUGUGAAGUGGGGACUUCAUGCUGGUGAAUCAGCACAUGAGCAAAGGCUAGCUGAUGGAAAAUAAAAUACGUUGGGAGUUCAAAUCAUGGAAAACCCUCAUAUCACAUCUAAUUUGUCUAAAUUUAUCAAGUUACUUUUCAUGUGUUUUGCAUGAAUUCUAGGCAUGAAAUGUUGCCUUUUGGCUAAGAAAAGAGUAUUGACCUAUGUUUACAAAUUAGCAGUUUUCCAUAUCUGGAAAAAUGUGUGGCUGUAAAUAAAUAACAAGUGGUAUCAAGAAUUAACCAUAUAAACUGUCCUUAUAGAGAGCUUUGUUUAAAAUGUAUUUGACAUUGUGGUUAUUUUCUCUAGCAUGUUUUCACUUCAGCAGAGAUUGAUAGGAAGAACAGUAUUAGGAAAAUAAUGGUGCUUUGAGAAGCAAUUUUUACUAAUUUAUCAAUUAGAAGAUUUUUUACUAAUUCUAGAUUGCAUAUUUAACAGCUCACUCUGGUGUAAAUCUAUUUUUGCCAUCCACAGUCUUCUGGUAAAACUUCUCUAUGAAAUGAUUUAUUCUAGUGCCAUGACCAUAAGCCACUGCAACCAAAGACAUAGUUUGGGGUGGGAGCAAAAACUGUCUCUUACUCUGAUAAUAAGCUCCGAUGACCAUAUAUUUGGAAAACGUUUUACCACUCAGCUGAGUCCCACAGUGCAUCUGGUUUGCUUUGUCUAUAGAACUCAGUGGCCAUUGGAAAUGUAAUCUGUCUCUAUCUGUAUAGACCCAUCCUUCAUUGGCAUAACUCUUUCUUGAUAAUAUUAGAAAGGUUCUCUUUCUUGGUAAUAUGAGAACAUGGUAAAGAAUGGAAUCCUGGAUUUUACAAAUCAAUACAUUUUACAAAUUAAUAAAUGUUCAAUAAAUUCAUGAAUAAUCUAAGCAUAAAUAUAUAUAUAAUUCAGCUGAAUACUUACAAAUAGAUGUCAAAUCUUCGAUGUUAAUUCUUAAUACUAUAAUUAUGCCAAUAUUCAUGAAUUCAAAUACUGAAUAGGAAAAUAUUGUUAUCUCAAUUACUAAAUAUUACAAAAAGGUCCUAUAAAUGCAAAUUUGACUGGGUCUUAUAAUAUAAUAAAGUCAUGUCUUCUAUAUUUCCUCAAGUAAAGAGCAUGGGUUUAU